AUGAACGCCAACAACGAUGACAUGUACGUGCUCAAGAAGAACCUUUUCCACAAGGUCGUGCUCAAGAGCUGCUCUUUGAGGAUCGAGGACAACUCCCUUAUCUUCAGGAUCAAGUCGAACCCUUUCAAGCUCCCUCUUAAGGAAAUAACCCGUCUCCACUUCGGCGAAGAGUCCCACUCUUACCAGAUCCACAACAAGGGCAGGGCCGGCGGCACCAAGGCCUCCUGCUACUUCACAAUUUACACACAGUCAAACAAGAACAUUAACAUGUACUGCGACAAUGAGCACAACAUAAGGGCCUGGCGCAACGGUCUGAACAGGGUUCUUCUGAAGCAGAACGCCGAGAACAUUCUGGCUGGCGACGCGCCCACUGUGCCGGCCGCCAACGCCCCGCCAUCUAAUGCCGACCAUGAUGCCACUGCUGCCGAACACACCAACAGGGGUGCCCAAGGCACAGUGGAUUAA